UACCGAUUGUUGUUGUUCAUUAAUUGUACAAAUUGUUCGGGUACCAUUUUAAAACAAAAAUGUUGAAUUGGCUGGUUUCCUAUAUAAAUUAUCAUGGAUACUAUGUUUACAAUUGUUAUUACAGCAAUUACUACAACAAUAAUUACUACAACAACAAUUCCUUUGGUUACGUAUACAAUUACAACGAUCAGCAAGAGUAUUCGUAUCGUUCACUCACAAGACGUCAAAGAAACCGUUUAAAUCGCCAGGCGAAGAGGAAUGAUGAAUACAGUAAUAUGAAUAAUAAUCAAAAUAAAACAGUACCACAAAAUCGCAAAGCAUUAGAAGAGGCUAAUUUUAAGAAAGGUCUUGAAACAAAAAUUGAACAAGGUAAUAAGGGUUAUGAGUUGCUUGUGAAAAUGGGCUAUGAAAAUGGCAAAGGAUUGGGUAGAAAUGCUGAAGGUAUAUUAGAGCCCUUAAUGCUAGAAAAGAAAUCCGAUCGUAAAGGUUUGGGAGCAGAAGUGACCAGCACUACAUUAAUUCAACAUUUGUCUAGAGGACAAAGAAGACGAUUGCGCCUUAAGCUAAAGGAAGCAGAAGAAGCUGCUCAGCAGGCUCAAAAAGCAAAGGAAUUGCAAAAACCGUUGGCACUAAAAACAGUUAUAAGCACUCAGCAACAGGUGCAGAAUUCCAGACAAGUAGCCGUGGUAGCUAAACAAGCUGUGGUAGCUCCUACUAUCAAAUAUACUCAAAAUUCAGAGAAACAAAACUUAGUCAAAGCUGUAGCCACAGUGUUACCGUCAAAGACUGCAAUUGCAACAACAACAACUAAGAGCCUAAGCACAUCCAAACUAGGGAAAAUGAAAUUCUCUGUAAAAGAACCUUGUACACCAGAAUUUUUGCAAUCAAUAGGACAAACGUUCAAUUCGGAAAUUGAAUUGAUGCAAUUGCGUUUAGCUGCCGAAGCCUCAAUAAAUCUUGUCACCGAUGAUGAUUUCCUAAUUGUUGCCAAAAUCUUCAUAGACAAUAAUCCAAACGUGGCCGAUCAUGUAUUUGAAUUUAUACGCACCGAACUGGUUGGAUGGAUUGGAGUAUAUCAGCAGGAGGGUUUAUCCACGCCCAUUUUUCACAGCAUCACCAACAAUGGCAGUCACAUUACCAUCGUUUGUGACAAUAAUUAUGCCUUUGAAUGUCUAUCACGUUGCAUUGAGGAUAUUGUACAGAUGAAGACCAUGGAAUCUCUUAAGGUCUUACGUUUGCCUGCCAUUACACCUUUAAUUUAUUGUUUCGAUGCGAAAUACGAGGGUAUAGCAAGUGACGCUAAAUUGUUUUUAUCACAACUUAACUUGCACAAACCCAAAUUAUAUACUGACAAUUGGGUGGUAGCAUCGCAAGAAGUUUGUCCCGAGGGACGGGUGACAUAUUUUAUCUUCUUAGUCGACGAACGUUCAGCGCUGGCACUGAAUUUCCAUUAUAGCCGUAGUUUUUGCAUUUGUAUGCAACAGGUUACUUUUCGUAAUCGUGGUAUUGUAAGAGAAACUAUUUGAAAUUUAUUUUUUUAAGUUUAAAUAUGCAAUGCAUUUAUUAGUUUUUAAUAAUAU